CGCGGCUGUUGCCAUGGCGGCGGGACGCGGCUCUGAUGAUGGCGGCGGGCGGCGGCGCGGGGCUGUGCGCGUGGCUGGACACGGUGCCGCUGUCCCGGCCCCGCAGGGACAUCGCCCGCGACUUCAGCGACGGCGUGCUGGCCGCGGAGGUGGUGAAGUUCUUCUUCCCCGCCAUGGUGCAGCUGCACAGCUACGUGCCCGCCAGCUCCACCGCGCAGAAACUCGCCAACUGGGGCCACCUCAACAGGAAGGUGCUGAGCAAGCUGAACUGCUGCCUGGCGCAGGAUGUGAUCCGGCAGGUGGUGCAGUGCCGGCCGGGCGCGGCCGAGCGGGUCCUGCUGCUGCUGCGGAGCAGGAUCCAGGAGAAGCUCAGGCAGAAGAAGGAUCCCGGUGCCCGGGCGGCGCUGGGAGAGCUCAGCUACCUGGAGACAGGGGACUCCAAGGCAGGAGGAUGCACCCACGAGUCUCCCAAGGCUGCAGGCGCGCAGAAGCCUCCCCCGGGGCACAGCACCGUGUGCCUGCAGCAGGCAGAGCGGGAGCAGGCCCUGCUCCUGGCACAAGAGACCAUCCAGAUCCUGCAGCUGAAGGUGUGGAGGUUGGAGGAGCUGCUGCGCCUCAAGAACGUGCGCAUCGACGACCUGAGCCGGCUGCUGCGGGAGGCCCAGCAGCGCUGAGCGCGGCGCUCCCGGUGUUCCCGGUGCUCCCGGUGUUCCCAGUGACACCAGUUCCCAGCAGCGACUCGCAGGCCAAGAGCCAGAGGUGGCAUUUGCAGAAGUGGGAAUGCGGUGCCCACCUCAGGGCACGGCUCUGCUUCAUCCCAUCCUUCCCGUGACAGGGAUGUUGGGAAUUAAAUAUCCAUGUUGUUGUUUGGA